UCCUCGGCUGGGCUCCGAGGCAGCGUGCCGUGACUUCAUGGCAGGCCGACGUCACCUUGGAGCGGGCGAGAGCACAGAGCCGUAAGGUCGCCGGAGUGGGUGGGGGAUGAGGUCAGGUUGAGCAUGGGGGCUGCACGCACACCGCUUGGGUUGGCGAGUCCCCGGUUCCUUCCAGCGAGUCAGGGCUUCCAAGCUGCCCAGUUGCAGAAAGAAACUAGUUCCUCGCGGUUUCCUAACUAGCUUGGCGUCUUCGAGAAGGGAAAGGAUUCCCCCAGAAGAUGGACGUUUGGGUUAUUUAAAGCAAAGAUCCAGGCAAGACGGGAUUUAAAAAAAAGCAUGUCGCACAACUGGAUUCUUUGAGUCAUGCGCCAGAAUGUAUGGCUUCAUAAAUACAUGCCUGAAGUCUCUAGUGGUUGAAAAAUAUGGUGAAGAAACAUGGGAAAAAUUGAGAGCCCAAACGGGAGUACAGGACACCUUCCUGACAUUUGAAGUUUAUGGAGAUGACAUCACAAUGCAGCUCAUUGACAAGGCAUGCAAAAUUUUGGAUGUUCCCCCCGAUAUGGUCCUGAAGCAGUUUGGAGAGUAUUUCUUCGAAUUUUGUAAGCGGUCAGGUUAUGACCACAUGCUGAGAACUCUGGGAGGAAAUCUCUAUGAAUUUAUAGAGAACUUGGAUGCAUUGCAUAGCUACCUGAGUCUAUCUUACCAGGAAAUGAAUGCUCCUUCGUUCAGGGUAGAAAAGAAUGAAGAUGGGUCAAUGCAUUUACAUUAUUACUCAGACAGACGAGGCCUGUGCCAUAUUGUUCCUGGAAUCAUUGGUGCAGCAGCCUUAGAUUUUUUCAACAUUGAAACCUCCAUGGAAAUAGUCAAUCAAACAGAAGAAGAAGAAAGAACUGGGAAAAAGGAACACAUUAUAUUCCUUGUCACGCAAAAACCUCUAUAUCCAUGCAAAAGAAAAAACAAGUUCUCUUCCUCGUCAUCACACCUUUCAAGUUCUGGAAUGCAGGUGGAAAAGCAGCUGAAAAAAGAGGAAAUCGAUAGGGCCAUGAAUAAGAUCAGAGAUAAAGCAAAUGUGCUUUCUUCUUGUCCUGUGAGGAAAAGCCAUUGGGAAACAAUCCGAGGAAUUGUGACCAUAGGAAAAGGACGACUUUUAAGAGCAUUUAAUCCUGUCUACCCAAAGACCCUCUGGAUAGACCCAAAGACAUUCUGCAAUGGGCUUCCUUUCCAUAUUGUUUUUGAUGAAGAGCUCAAAGUAAAGCAAGCUGGUGUCAGCAUUCAAAAGAUUGUGCCUGGCCUUCAGACUAUGGGCAUCCGACUCAAUCAAUACUUCAGCAUUGUGCGCCCAGAAGUGAAAUUCACCAUCUCAAGUGUUCAGAAAUUUAUCAAUAGCCAAUUUGUUUUCCGGACCAAGAGAGAGAUGAUGCCAGAGUCCUGGCAGCAGCGCCCGAUGUUAGAACUAAGAGGGCAGAUGAUCUGGAUGGAGUCGGUCCAGUGUAUGCUCUACCUUUGCUCUCCUCUCCUGCGCACACUGCACGAGCUGGAGGAGAGGCACAUGCAUAUUGCCGACAUUGCACCCCAUGAUGUCACCCGGGAUCUGAUCCUUCUCAACCAACAGCGGCUGGCUGAAAUGGAGCUCUCCAAUCAGCUUGAGAGGAAGAAAGAGGAAUUGCGGAUCCUGUCCAAGCACUUGGAGGAAGAGAAGAAGAAAACGGAAACCCUUCUUUAUGCCAUGCUCCCAAAACAUGUGGCCAACCAGCUCAAAGAAGGGAAACGAGUUGAGGCAGGAGAGUUUAAAGAAUGCACCAUAUUAUUCAGUGAUGUUGUGACUUUUACCAACAUUUGUGCCCAGUGUGAACCGAUUCAGAUAGUUCUCUUGUUAAAUGCGAUGUACCUGCGAUUCGACAGACUGACCACAGUGCACGAUGUCUACAAGGUGGAGACCAUAGGGGAUGCCUACAUGGUGGUUGGGGGUGUUCCUGUGCCUGUAUCAACACAUGCUGAACGAGUUGCCAACUUUGCCCUAGGAAUGAUAAUAGCAGCCAAAGACAUCAAGAAUCCAGUUUCUGGCAAUCCUAUUCAAAUUAGAGUUGGGAUCCACACAGGGCCUGUCCUCGCUGGUGUUGUUGGAGAAAAAAUGCCGCGUUAUUGCUUGUUCGGAGACACUGUGAAUAUUGCCUCCCGGAUGGAGAGUCACGGAGUACCAAGCAAAAUUCACCUGAGUGCCAGCGUGCAUCAAUGCUUAAAGGACAAAAAUUUUGAGAUGCUAGAAAGAGGAGAGAUUGAUGUGAAGGGAAAAGGGAAAAUGUACACUUAUUUUCUGAUCCGAAACAUAACUACAACUGAGAAUGAAAUAAUGGGACGGCCGGCUAGUCAACUGGACCUCAGCCAUGAUCCUGCCCACUUAACUCAAGAGGGCAGACCUGAAGCAUUCCAGAAGUCCUGUUCACAAGAUAUGCCAGCAAAUUCAGAUGAGGAAUUGCUUCCAGCCAUAGCAAUGAAAUAUGCAGAUAGUUCCACAGAAGCCUACACCAACAUUAAAGGAAGAAACGAAACAAGAGUGAAGGAUUUAUCAGGCAACCCACAUGAUGCAGAAGCCUACAUAAUUCUCCAUGGUGACCAGCAGCCAAGCAAAGAACCUCACCCUCAUCACUUACAAGAAAGAAGUAAGCCAGUGGCACAGGAUGCUCCUGUCAGGAAUGUCCGAUCUAAUUUCUGCAAUCUGCUUUAAACAGCUCCUGAACUUUGAAGCUAAAGAGUGCGAGUCUAUUCUGUGACGUUAUAUUUGCCAUUGAUCUCUUGGGGUCUUGAUUUUGCGUAUGGUAGUGCAUCAUGUGGUCUAACGCUGAUAUGUCUUUCAAUCGCUGGUAGCAAUAAUGAAACCAACACUGAUGUGUUCUCGACCACAGUGUGAACUCGUCUUAUGUGUAUGAACAUGGUACAUAUAGCUGUGGAAGACAGGAGUAAUGCUCUGUAGGUGCCACCAUAUUUUGGAAAGCAUUUGUGACUUUAUCCCAUAAUGUGUUUACAUUCCACCAAAGCAUAGUUUGAUGGAAGCCUGAGCUGUGUCUGAAUAAAGAGGGCAUAGAUUGUGACCAGCCUGUCCUGUGCCUUUUGGAGACACUCCAACCUGAUUCGUGUCGAGUCCGUGAUGGUAUUUCUACAUUUCCGGUUCUCUGCGAAGACCCCACUUCCACAAACAGGGAACUGCAAAGGGAAGGACCAGGUCACAGACUGAACAGGGCAACCAGGGCAGUCAAGGUAGUGGCAGUUGCCGAGCUAGGUGCUCUAUUUCAUACUUCUCUCCCCCUCCCAACUACUGAGAAAAAGCCCCCAUGAACUUUCUAAGGCAGUCACUGGGAAGGGAGCUGGUGAGGGACCAGCUCCCUUCCCAGUGCAAUGGGCAAUGGGCAGACUCCGUUUAGACCCAUUCUUAAAAGGCAAUGAAAGGAGUCUGGUCUUUCUCGUCUUCUUUCUUUCUCCCCACUCCUUUUCUGAUAGCUGAAUCUAAAAUUAUUGCUAUUGUGACCAAAAGAUUUUGAUGAUUUAAGCAUUUUGCAGCAAGAAAGGCAAGAAACGGCAAUUUCUAAGGUAAAAAGCACACUUUCCUUCAUUGUCCUUAGUUUCUCUUUCUCUACUGCUUAAUGUGACAUGUGAAUUUAACACAAGUGAUCCAUGGGUGUACUGCUCCAUUCUGUAAAUGCCAUUGGACUCUUUGAUCUCUCCCUCAGUGGUCACCUGAGAAAUGCACAAAUAUUCCCAAUUUGGUUCAUAUUGUAAUUUGGUUACAUAUUUGCUAAAGUUCAUAUCCAUACUGAAUAAAACCAAUACUAUAGUAUUGAAGAGCUCGGUUAAGACAUACAGUGUUGCCUCCCUAGAUGAUGAUAAUCCGUUCCACUGAAAUCGCUGUUUAGCGAAAUC